UCCAUGGCUUGGAGCUCAGUUUCUUCUUUGCUCGGAGUCAAAGAUCAGAACUGGAGGUCUUAGGGUUUCGGCAGAUCUGCGCCGCGUAGUGUAGAGAAAGAGAGAGCUGAGCAGUGGUGGUUGUGGUGGUGGUGACGUGGCCGUUGAUGGUAUUGCACGGAGGCGCGAGAGACAGUUGGAAGGUAGAUGAUGAACGGAGCUCCGGCGGGGGAUCGGAGAGGGUGGUGGCGUUACGGUAAUUUCUGUCACAUGGAAUGGCAGAUCUUGUUAGCUACGGGAAUGCCAACCGUGACAUCGACCAGGCAAUAAUUGCUUUGAAGGAGGGUGCUCAACUACUGAAAUAUGGUCGUAAGGGAAAGCCUAAGUUUUGUCCAUUUAGACUUUCUACUGCUGUCUUUCAACGAUUUUUACGUCCUGAAAAGGACUAUUUAUCAUUUUCUCUUCCAUACAAUAACGGAACGCGGUCUCUUGAUCUGAUUUGCAAGGACAAAGUUGAGGCGCAAGUGUGGAUUGCAGGCCUUAAAUCACUAAUUUCCUCUGGCAGAGGUGGGCGUUCGAAAAUUGACGGAUGGAGUGAUGGAGGCCUCUACCUUGAUGAUGGCAAGCACUUGACAUCAAAUUGUCCUAGUGAUAGUUCUGCUAGUGGUGCACGAGAUAGUGGCUCUCCAGAUUUGAAUUCAAACUGAAAGUAUUUUCAUAAUCUUUUCAAUGACAAACACGAAAGGAGUACUUAUUUGGGUAAUUUGAGUAACUUGGAAGAGUGAAGAAAUUACUCCUUCUACCGCCAAAUCAAUAAAGAAGAAGCUUGUAGCUUUGAAAAAA